UAUAAGUAUCCUCGUGUUAAAUAACAUUCUCUUCAGUUUGUCCGUGACAUUGUCUACUAGUGCACGAAUUACAGUAAUCGUCAAAAAUGGAAGCAGUAGUUUUCGACGGCAAAUCCCUUUCUCUGAAGUAUGACAACAAAUAUCCCAUGCCGAAGAUUAUCAACGAAGACGACGUCAUCGUGAAAGUUGAAUACUCUGGUGUAUGUGGCACGGACUUGCAUAUUAUUCAGGGCGAGUUUCCAGCGAGUAAAGAACGUCCUCUUCCCUUGGGCCACGAGUUCAGCGGAGUUGUGUACGACGUUGGCUCCAAGUCCAUCUUCAAAAAAGGGCAGCUUGUCGUCGUUGAUCCUAACUGUGCCUGCAACCUCUGUGACUUCUGCCGUGAAGGCAACUACCAUUUUUGCCUGACAGCAGGCAUCAACAGCACCGUGGGCAUUUGGCGCGACGGUGGUUGGUCUCAGUACUGCCGAGUACCUCAAAGUCAGGUCUUUGCUUUACCUGAAGGAAUUACCACUGAACAAGGGGGUCUGUGCGAGCCGUACUCUUGCGUAUCCCACGGUUUCGAUCGCGCUUCACCUCUGCCUGUUGGACAGAAGAUUCUUAUCGUUGGAGCUGGUAUUAUUGGAAAUCUAUGGGUGACCACCCUGCACCAUCACGGACACAGAGAGGUCACUGUCUCCGAGAUGAACAAGAGCAGAUUGGAGAUUGUCAAGAAAUUGAACACAGGCUUCAGACUGGUGACGCCUGAUGUUUUGGCGAAGGAGAAGCUGCUCUAUGACGUAAUCAUCGACUGUACAGGUGUUGGCAAAGUGAUGGAGAUUAACUUUAACUACCUCCGCCAGGGUGGCAAAUACGUGCUCUUCGGAUGCUGUCCCCCUACUCACCAGGCUUCAGUCAACCCGUUCGACAUCUACAACAAGGAACUGACUGUAAUAGGCGUGAAGAUCAACCCGUUCAGCUUCCCUAAGGCCAUUGGGUGGCUUAAAGCUAUGGGCGACAGAUACUUGAAUUAUGAAAACCUUGGAGUGAAAACUUACGCACUAUCUGAAUACCAGAAUGCUUUGAACGAUUUGAAGGCGGGAACCAUCGCAAAGGCUGUAUUUAAAGUUAGACAUUAAAUUGUUUAUAUUCUUAUUUAAGGUGAUAAAAAAAGUUUAUAA